UAUAAGCAAGGUGUGCAAGGAUUGUAGAGAUGCAACUAACCAGCUCCAACAAUGGCCGGCUCUCAGAGGGAGAGAAGCAAGGACCGAUCUGCUAAGAAGCUGUUGCUUCUCCUGCUGUGCGGCUACCAUGCUGUGGUUGCUCGUGCAUGGAAUAAUCCACAUGGCUAUAAGGUUGCCGCCAUCGGCUCACGGAAGGCUGAAGCCGUCUGCUCAGUAACGCCAUCGUCAUCCAGUGGCGCUACAGUGCCGCUAAACCACCGGCAUGGCCCGUGCUCGCCGGCGCCAUCCGCAAAGGCGCCAACCAUCCUGGAGCUGCUCCAGCAUGACCAACUCCGAGCCAAGUACAUCAAACAGAAGUUGUCUGGAACCGCCGGGCUCCAGCCGUUGGACCUUACCGUGCCGACCACCCUAGGGUCGGCCCUAAAUACGCUGGAGUAUGUGAUCACCGUCGGCAUCGGCUCCCCGGCGGUGACCCAGACCAUGAUGAUCGACACCGGCAGCGACGUGUCGUGGGUGCGCUGCAACUCCACGGACGGGGUGACGCUCUUCGACCCCAGCAAGUCGACCACGUACGCCCCGUUCUCCUGCAGCUCCGCGGCGUGCGCGCAGCUCGGCACCCAAGGCAACAACUGCUCAAGCUCAGGGUGCCAGUACAGCGUCCAGUACUUCGAUGGCUCGAACACCACCGGGACGUACGGCUCCGACACGCUGGCGCUGAGCGACGCCGACACCGUCACAGACUUCCACUUCGGUUGCAGCUACCACGAGGAGGAGAUGGACGAGGAAAAAUUCGACGGGCUCAUGGGGCUCGGCGGCGACGUGCCGUCGCUCGUGUCGCAGACGGCGGCGACGUACGGCAAGUCCUUCUCGUACUGCCUCCCGCCGACAAAUAGCACGUCCGGGUUUCUCACGUUCGGCGCGCCGAACGGGACGUCUGGCUUCGUGACGACGCCGAUGCUCAGAUACACACAGGCGCCGACAUUCUACGGCGUGCUCCUCAAGGACAUAUCCGUGGGGGGAACGCCGCUCAGAAUACAAUCAUCCGUUUUCUCCGGCGGUUCGGUGAUGGACUCGGGCACUGUCAUCACGUGGCUACCAAGGAGGGCGUACUCGGCGCUCUCGUCGGCGUUCAGGUCCGGCAUGAGGCGGUACCCGCGGGCGGCGCCCGUCGGCAUCCUGGAUACCUGCUACGACUUCACCGGGCUAAGCAACGUCUCUGUCCCGACUGUCGAGCUGGUGUUCGACGGCGGCGCGGUCAUGGACCUCGACUCUGACGGGAUCAUGAUCGAACACUGCCUCGCGUUCGCUCCCACCAGCGACGAAAGCUUCAUCGGCAACGUGCAGCAGCGGACGUUCGAGGUGCUGCACGACGUCGGCCAGGGCAUUUUUGGCUUCCGGUCAGGCACGUGCUGAUCGUUUUUGGCGACAGGCACGCGUGUUUGCCAUGUAAGGGACACGAAGGCGAAGGGCUCGUUCGAAUUUCGGGUGCAGAAUAAUGUUGGAUUGAUGCUUUCGAUUGGCAGGGAUCUUAGAUUAUACUAGGAACAAAAAUAUGUCCAAUCCAAACAAAAUUGAGUCACAUCAGAGUGCGUCGAAACAAGCUCUAAGUGGCUCAAAUUUGUCAACUACUAGUAGUUUGUUUGAUUGCAAUCGUUUUGUGACAGCACCAUGAUGCUAUGUUUUGCGGAUAUCUAUUUCAGUUUUGCUAAAACACAUCUAGAUGUGCCAUAAGUAUUGCACAUCUAAGUCCUAUGUCAUUGAUCUUACAUUGAGAUUCGUGUGGAUAUUUUCAUUUUCUUUUUUCUUUUUCUCUUUAUGCUUGAUUCACUCACUUAGAUGUGCAACAACUAGAGCACAUCUAGAUGUGCCUUAGACACACCUUAUCUAUUUCUGAGCUCGGCCUCGUCUGCAUCGUGUGAACAAUAAAUAUAAAAAAGAUACUAAAAUUUAAAAAAAAAUUAAAUUUUGUUUGGAUGGAAGAUAUUUCGUGGCGUGAGGUCCGUGCCAAAUUCCAGCUCGUUUGGACAUCUGACUAGCUCUUAGCAAUAGAAACAAAAUCGGUCCAAACAGUACAUGAACAGUAUAUCGUUUCACAAACCCUAAUUUUGUCUUUUUUACUGAGAGCUAUUCAGAUGUCCAAACGAGCUGAAUUUUGACACAGAUCUCACGCACUCCAUGAAAAAAAACAGAUUUUUUUAUAUCCUCUUCUAGUUUAUUUUUGUUUGCGGUUCAUGGCGGGAGCAGAUGUGUUAGGGAGCCAAAUAGCCGUAAGCGAAUAAUUCGAAACAGUGCCCAGCCUCAUCUGUACCCAUGAAUAGUAAAAUAAAAAUAUAGCAGAAAAAACUAAAAAAUCUGAAAAAAAUUUGCAUGCAAAAUGCUUGAGUGUGCCAGGUGCUUUCGAAAAUUCGUGGGUAAAUGACAUUUAGGAGCUCGCGCCAAAAAAGACAAAAUCGGCUAUGAACAGUGCAUUUUAUCAAUCUUUCUCAUAUGCGUGAAAUUUGUUUUGUUUUUUUGCACGAGCUCCUCGAAUGUCGAAACUGCACCAAAUUUGACAUGGACAUCACACAUUCAACCAUCUUGCACCAUAAAGAAAUUGGAUUUUUAAAUUAUUUUUUACGAUUUUAAACAGUUCUAUUGUUCGUAGCGGGAGCAUCUACAACUGGGUGCAGAAUAGCCGAUGUUUUGCUGCUCAAGUUUUUAUUUGAAAGAUAAUAGGAGAGCUGGCAUGAUUCAUUGUACAAAAGAGGCUGUACAGAGAUAUAUGACCAGUUAAUUAGAAGAAAACCGCGCUAAAACCAACGGGCGGCCACCUAGCUACACUAGGUCUAAGCACCACCACACCCAUAAUACGAACAAAACUAGGAUACAAACAACUAAACCACACUCCACACUAGGACCGACGGUUGUGUCAUCGCCCAUCGCCCAUCACACUCACAACCCAAUGACUUCGACCUCGCCACAAAGGUGCCAUCGGGGAGAGUAACUUGAUCUACUACAUAAGAAGCAUACCUGCCAAGUCCGACAAUCACUGCAAUGGUGUCAUCAGGGACAGAAUUCAGAGCCGAAAGGGAUCAAAAUUGGGGCUCUCCUUUGUCGAAAGGGAUGACAAACACUCGCAACCAGGCGAGGAGUCGAGGAAAGUGUGGUAACAAGCCUAGUGGAUCUGUAAUGAUAAGUAGUCGAAUCUAAGAAGAGGUCUUGUGAUAAUAAAAA